GCUGUGCUGUGCUGUUGUUACCGCCCUGUGUGUAAAAGCAGCGCAGUAAGAUUUGAGCUGAGGCUGGUUCAGCUGUGUUUAGCUGUUUUAUGGUGAGACAGCAGAUUUACCCGCAGCGCGGACAGACUGUGUGCAGAAAUGGGUGAGGAUGGAGAAAUUGUGGAUGUGUCUCUGGAUUAUGGAGGAGAGGAGGACCGGAGUCGCUCCACCAGAAUACGGCAUCCUCUCGCCACAUUCUUCCACCUGUUUUUCCGCGUUAGUGCCAUCAUUAUCUAUCUGUGCUGUGAUUGGUUCAGCCGGAGUUUCGUUGUGAGCUUUGUGACCGUGAUCUGUUUGCUGUCAUGUGACUUCUGGUCUGUGAAGAACGUGACUGGCAGGCUGCUGGUUGGUCUACGCUGGUGGAACCAGAUUGAUGAAGAUGGGCGGAGCCACUGGGUUUUUGAGGCAAAGAAGAUUCGUGAUGGUAGUGGGACGGAAGCAGAAGCACAGAUUUUCUGGUUGGGUUUGAUCAUCUGUCCCCUGAUUUGGACGGCGUUCUUCUUCACAACUCUCUUCUCCUUCAAGAUUAAAUGGCUGGCUCUGGUGGUAGCAGGUAUUUGCCUGCAGGCUGCUAAUCUUUAUGGCUACCUGCGCUGUAAAGCUGGGGAACAGGAGAAGGUGCCCAAGUCAGCAUCCCAAUACCUGGGGCAGCAGUUCAUUCAGAAGCCUGAUAUCAUAUUCGGAAUACUCUGACUGAAAAGGAAUGCUAAAGAGGAAUGCUUCCCCCUCAAUUCUCAUUAUAUUUAGAUAUAUUAAGCCUUAUUCCAUUCCAACAACUUCUUUCAACACUGGUGUGUUACCUGUUGUGUCAUUGAGUGUACAUACAGUUUAACUACAUGCAUGUGAUUUAAUAAUAUAUCGCCUUGAAGGAAACGUAUUUGGAAAUACUACUUUUAAUACAGAGAAACACAGGGGUUGGACAAUGAAACUGAAACACCUGGUUUUAGAGUACAAUAAUUUAUUGUGGAGACGGACAGUUCUGGUGGAAACAGGAGAGUUGAGGUGCACAUUGAAUUCUGCGUGAUUUGAUCAGCCGUGGUUUUAUGUUUUUUGGAUACAAUCCGGGUUAGCACCCGAACAUCCUUUUCAGACAGCUUCCUCUUACAGCGUCCACAGUUAAUCCUGUUGGAUGUGGUUGGUCCUUCACGGUGGUAUGCUGACAUUACCCUGGAUACCGUGGCUCUUGAUGCAUCACAAAGACUUGCUGUCUUGGUCACAGAUGCUCCAGCAAGACGUGCACCAACAAUUUGUCCUCUUUUGAACUCUGGUAUGUCACCCAUAAUGUUGUGUGCAUUGCAAUAUUUUGAGUAAAACUGUGCUCUUACCCUGCUAAUUGAACCUUCACACUCUGCUCUUACUGGUGCAAUGUGCAAUUAAUGAAGAUUGGCCCCCAGGCUGCUCCAAUUUAGCCAUGAAACCUCCCACACUGAAAUGACAGGUGUUUCAGUUUCAUUGUCCAACCCCUGUAUGUAAUAUAUGACCUAAAUUCUGAAAGGUGGUAAAGAAAAAGCCUCAGAGUCUCAAAUAUAAAUCAAAUAAAUUACACACAGUUAUAACCUGUCAGACACACCAGCAAGACUGAAAAGUGUCUACUGAAAUAGCGCAUAGUUUAAUAGCAGCUGAGACUAUUCUGUUUGUGUACUGUUUGCUGUUGAUUUGUAAGAAAUCAUGUUUUUUAUUUAUUUAUUUAUUUUUAUUUAUUUCUGUAUGAGACAAUUGCAUUGAAAUGAAUGGAGACGAUUUGACAACAUACACUCUUUGGUUAAAUGUAUUACUAGUUAGUAUAUUAAUGUAUACUACCCAUUCAUCAAAUCUUUUAGAACCCCCUUAAUGUUUCCUGUAUUUAUUGACACCAGCCUAUUAAAUAACCUGAAAUGUAGCUUUAAAUUAAAGUAAAUUAAGGUUUAAAAAUGUAUGCUAAUUGUGUGUCCUCUCUUGGAAGUAUGGAAAUAUGAUCACCGUAUUCAUGACUGCAAACAAUGAGGAGCAUAACAUUUCACUAAACCACAUAGAUAGAGAUUUCACCAAGCAGGAUUCAUCAGUUAUUUCAGAUUACAGUGGUUCAGUAGGAUGAACUUUAUUUUUAUACUUUGUCCUAAUUAUACUGUUAACUAAGUUAUCUGCCUAAAUUACUUGCAGUAAAGCUUGCUUCAUUCAAAAAACCCAGGACUUCACAUUGUGUUCUAAUGGUUUAAAACUGAAUGAGCCCACAUGUGAAAAUGUAUUAAAAUGUAAUUCAAUGAAUAAAGCAUAAAUUACAGCAUAA